GUUUCAUAAUAGGACGAUUCAUUGCAAGACUCAGUGUGUUUGACAGAUUUAUUAAGAGUUCGGCGCCGCGUAAACACAUGACACAUGAGUAUGCACAUCAAAAAUUUACAAGUACACGUUGUGCAACGGUAUAAACACCGGGCAACGAUUCCGUAAAGAUAAUGUUCCUCACUAAAACACGGACGGACGGGUAAACUAAAGGGCAAAGUGGGUACAAAGACAACUAAUGACGUAGGAACGCCGGCAACGGAAUGACGUCAUGAGUGUUAGCUUAGCAGGCGCAGUAUCGCCGCAGCAGACCGGAGAGAGUGAGCAUUUGGUGUGUUGGAGCUGCGCAUUAACACUUUAGUAUCCUGACGCCGCAACCUGAUGUGUCCUGUUAUCAGGUGCAGAAGUAGUUGAUACGGGGCUACUGCUCUACAAGCGAUCUCACCUGUCUACUGUGAACAGGCGAAAGAGCUACUGUAACCAAAAGCCAUAGAAAGCUACACCAUGUCGUCUUGCCAAGUCACCUUCCAAGUUAGAGGGGCAACAUUGCCAGAUGAAGUUAUUGCGUUAUGUGGGAGUAGUGACACCUUAGGGGCAUGGAAACCACAAAAUGCUGUUAUCUUACAGCCUGAUGCUGAUGAUAGUGCACUAUGGAAAACAAAUGUCAAACUUACCAGAGGCGCUCCAGUACAGUAUAGAUAUUUUAAAGGAUAUUUUCUGACCCCAAAGACGGCCCGUGGUCCAUGCCAAGUCAUAGUUCACAAGUGGGAGACUCAUCUACAACCACGAUCAAUAAAACCUUUAGAAAACGAAUCCCUUAUAGAUGAUGGACAUUUUGGAAUUCACAAUGGCGUUGAAACUGUGGAUUCCGGAUGGCUGACAUGUCAGACUGAGCUUAGAUUACGUCUGCAUUAUUCUGACAAACAACCUGUUUCUAUAUCCAAGAAAAAAUUUAAAAAGUCUAGGUUUAGGGUGAAGUUAACAUUGGCAGGUCCAGAAGAAGAGCAUGAAGAGAGUGAAGAUGAGGAGCAAGACAAAUAUACUCCAGUCAUUCUCAAAAUGGCAAACAGUUUUGAAAUCUCAUUAAUAAGCCAUACGGAAUAUAAAUCUCGUCACUCCCAGCCAGAAUGUGGUUAUGCCAUUCAACCUGAUCGAUGGACGGAAUUUAGUAUACACACCAUGGAACCAGACAACCUGGAGUUACUUUUUGAUUUUUUUGAAGAAGAUCUAAGUGAGCCUGUAGUGCAGGGUGAUACCCUCCCUGGACAUGUGGGUACUGCAUGUCUGCUCUCCUCCACAAUUACAGAAAGUGGAAAAAGUAAUGGUAUUCUCACUCUUCCUAUAAUGAGCAGAAACGCAAGACAAACUAUCGGGAAAGUUCGAGUUGAUUUCAUACUUAUCAAGCCAAUACUGGGUUUUUCUUGUAACAUGAAGAUCUUUUCAAAAUACUGGAAGCCAAGAACACCACUUGAUGUUGGACAUAGAGGUGCUGGAAACUCAACAACAACUGCAAAACUUGCCAAAAUUCGUGAGAACACGGUUGCUUCGUUAAAGAACGCUGCAAGCCAUGGAGCUGCUUUCGUUGAAUUUGACGUGCACCUUUCCAAAGACCAUGUUCCUGUAAUAUAUCAUGAUCUCACUUGCUGCAUGUCCAUGAAAAAGAAGGGUAAUUCUGACCACCUGGAACUGUUUGAGAUACCUGUAAGGGAACUUACCUAUGACCAACUGCAGCUGUUAAAACUUGCACACGUUACUGCACUAACGCUAAAAGAUCAUUAUGACUCUAACGAUGAAGAGUCUUCCAUUUCAGACAACCAACCAUUUCCCUCCCUUCAAAUGGCGCUGGAAUCUGUUCCUGAGGAAGUUGGGUUUAACAUUGAAAUAAAAUGGAUUUGCCAAGAAAAGUGUGGCAAAUGGGAUGGCAACUUGUCUACUUAUUUUGAUAUGAACAUGUUCUUGGACAUCAUUUUAAAAACCAUUUUGGAAAAUGCCGGCAGCAGGAGAAUUGUUUUUUCUUCAUUUGAUGCAGACAUUUGUACAAUGGUUCGCCUGAAACAAAAUACUUACCCCAUACUUUUUUUGACACAAGGACAGUCGGAAAUCUAUCCGGAACUUAUGGAUCUUAGAUCACGCUCAACUCCUAUUGCAAUUAGUUUUGCUCAGUUUGAAGAUAUUCUAGGGAUAAGUGUGCACACUGAAGAUCUGCUGAGAAAUCCUGACUAUGUUCAACAAGCAAAAUCAAAAGGCUUAGUUGUAUUUUGUUGGGGAGAUGACACUAAUGAUCCUGAGAACCGAAAACUGAUGAGAGACUAUGGCAUUGAUGGGUUAAUCUACGACAGAAUAUAUGACUGGAAUCCCGAACAGCCAAAUGUUUUCCAGGUGGAUAAGAUGGAACGUCUCAAAAGAGAAUUACCUGAGGAAAUGCUGAAGAGCUGUCGCUGCUCAUUUGUUGAGCCCUUUGAUUGUAACUCAAUUUUCUGCAUUAAUAACAAAAUACAAAUGGAUACCAACAGUGGCAGCAUUCAACAGACAGUCUAAGUCACUUAAGCUUAUGUUAAUAUCUCAGGGCUGUAUAUUGUUUCAACCUUAAUUUGCUGUCCUAAUAAAGCAAUACGCAAGCCAUUAUGUAAUACUAUAAAAAAUCCUUACAUCCUUAUGUCUAUUUAUGUUUGGCCAGAAAUAGUUAUGCCAGUGUACCGAACAAAUAACAAACUAACAUGUUUAAAAAAAAAAAAAAAGCACACACACACACAAAAACACUCUUUAGGGUUUUUACUGGAAUGUUUUUUCUUCUUCUGUAUAAAUAAAAGUAAAAAAAAAAAAAUGAAAUCUAAAUGUAACCACAAUACCUCGGACAAGUGUCCGCUCUGUACCAUUUAAGUGCAAUAUUUUCUUUUAUAUUAGCAGCAGCUGUACUCCAUAUGCCCAUCAUGACUGUACUGUAAAUGUGAUUAUUUCUGACCAAUGACCAAUUACCUCAGAUGCACACUUUUGCACGGCUGAACACAUUAGUACAAAACUAAUGUACUUAGUUUUAUUCAAGUAUUUUGAAUUUUGGUGCCACAUAGGUCAAACUGAUGUAUCCUAUGUAUAAUAAUGUGUAUAAUAUAUAGGCAUGCAUUUUGUCUCUUUCCCUAUGUGUGUAUUCACCUAAAAGACCUCAUGGACGGAAUUAAUUUCCUAAUCUACCCCCCUAUUUUUUAUUUUAAGCAUAGCUGUCCAGAGCACUUUGUGCCAAUACUGCAUACAUCUUUUUAAAAUUAUCUGGAUACAUGUGUAGUGGAUUUAGGAAUUUUUUAAUCUCCCCAUGACUUAGAUUCUAAAAUGUCUCUCUAUUUCUGUGUGUUUAAUUACAGUCAAGUGUAAUUAAAAAACGUAAUGUCUUAAUUUUCUUAACAUAAAAAAACAUAAGCUUGAAAUAUUAAGCAUGGGCUUAUGUCUAUCUUGCUAAACACAUUAAUAACAUGCUCGCUGGAUUGCAAAAAAAUAAGCAAAGGAUGGUGACUAAUCAUGCUGCCUAUGAAUCUUAAUAACAAAAGCUGUAAUGUACGAAUAUCUUGUGAGAUUUCCUUCAAAGAUCUUUCCUCCCAUAUUAAUAUGCAAGCUUCUGUAACUAGUUUCCCAUGAAGCAACAAUCCCUUCUAAUGUAAAAACAGUCCUAUACCAUAAUGUAUGCCUUAAAUAGCUGUAUUAAAAGCUGUGUUUUUGAGGGUUGGCUGCUUGGAAUAUGUAAGGCAAUCUGUUAGCUGCCUAAUACAUGAAUGCUAGUUUGUUUGCUGUGCAUGGAGCAGUACUAAUAUUUUCCAUGUACUUCAUUGCUCAAUAGUAACUCCACUGUAAAUAUUUGUUUUUCAUUGAUAAGGGGUUGCUGCUGUUAACGCUGUAUUUUUCAUAUUUUCUUCAAGGGACAGUCUACUUGAAAAUUGUUACUGUUUAAAAAGAUAGAGAAUUCCUUUAUAAAUUAUUCCCCAGUUUUGUAUAACCAAAACUGUUAGGUUAAUAUACUUUUUACCACUGAUUACCUGUAUCUAAGCCACUGCAGACUUCCCCUUAUCUCAGUGCUUUUUACAGACUUGCAUUUUAGCUAAUCAGUGCUGGUUCUUGAAUAACCAUUACCCUUCUCCAUGAGAGUGAGCACAAUGUUCUCUAUAUGGCACACAUAAACUAGCACUGUAUAGCGGCCUUCAGGAGCUUAGAAACAGACAAACAGAGAUUAUAAAGUAUAUUAAUAUAAAAAUGUUUGUUGUUCAAAGCUGGGGAAUGGGAAGUAUCUAUCUUCUUUAAACUAAAAAAUCAAGUAGAUUGUCCCUUUUUAACACCAUGUUUUAAAUUAUUCACAGGUGGUUAUGUUUAAAUCUAUUAACUUGUAUGUAUGCAUGCCACAAACUAGAUGUAAAAUCUCUUUACCGAUAGCAGGGUAUGGCACCGUUAGCUGUUAUUUCUACUGAAUAAAAAUGUUUGACUCUGAA